AUGGGGAGGAAGCAUCGCACAACUUUGGACCUGCUCAAACCACCGUCGGAACACCGGGCUGCGCUGCAGAGGAACCAGCGGCAAGAAGAGCAGUUCAACAAACGGCACGGGGCACGAAAGCGUGAAUUUGGCAAAGGCGAUUCGGUUCACGCAAGCACAUUCGUUCACGGCAAGCUGGUCUGGCAAACUGGCACAGUAAUCGAACGCGUUGGCAACGUGAUGUACAACAUCUGGCUGGAAGACAAGAAGCGGCUCAUCAGGUCUCACACGAACCAACUCCGUGCUCGGGGGGGCUCAAAAGUCGAGGUCUAUCCGGAAGAAGCUGAGUCGGAGGUCAAGCUACCUCUGCACAUCCUGCUCGAGGACUUCCAGAUCAUCGAGGAUCCAGUAGUAGCCGAGGAUGAACAGCAGGUGCCGCCUGCACCACCGCAACGUCGGGCCAGGGUUCGACCACCGUCGGUUCUUCGCCGGUCCACUAGGAUUCGUCGUAUGCCGGAGAGGUACAACCCGUACUUCUACACCUAA